AUGGCAAGUACGAAGUUGGAGUCUACUGAGGCUCCGUUAUCAAGUUCAACGUCAUCAUCUCAAUCAUUAGACUUGUUAGAAUCAGAAGAGAUUAAAACUAUUUUAAAGAGUGAUCAAAGUUUAGAAAUUCUUUUAAAUAGAUUAAAACAAAGUAUAACAACCGCUGAAGAAUUUUGUAAAUAUUUAAAGAAAAAGGCUCAAAUUGAAGAUGAUUAUUUUAAUCAAACUAAUAGAUUUGCAAUUAAUAUUAGAUCAAAUUUUAAACAUUUACAGGGGAAAGUUAAAGAUGAUUCAUUUACUCAAAAAUUAGAUGAAAUUAUUGAAUUUGAUCAAAAGAUUAGUCAAGUAGGAAUUUCUUAUGUUUCAGCCAUUACAUCAAUGUUUAAUGAAUUAACUAAAUUAAUUGAUGUAGUAUCAAAAACUAGAAAAUCAAUUAAAGAUGAAGGUAGAAGAAAGGAAAAAGAUUGUCAAGAAUCAAUAAUUGCUGCCGAAAAGGCCAAACAAAGAUAUAUUAAUUUAUGUGAAGAUUUAGAAAAACUUAGAGCAAUGGAUCCUAAUCGAAAGCAAACUUUUACUCUUAAGAAUAAAUCUCAAGAACAACAAGAACAAGAUCUUAAAGCAAAAAUUGAUUCAACUGAUCAAGAUUAUAAAGUUAAAGUAGCAACAUGUAAAAGAUUAAAAGAUGAAUUAAUUCUUACUUAUCGUCCAACUAAUUCUCGUAAAUUAAAAGAUUUAAUUUUAGAAUUAGAUAUGGCAAUGAAUUUACAAUUACAAAAAUUUUCAACUUGGAAUGAAUCUCUUGUUAUAAAUACAGGUAUAUUAAUUAAUCCUUUACCUUCAUCUAAUGGGAAACAAUCAAUGAAAGCUAUUGCCAGUUCAAUUGAUAAUGGUAAGGAUCUUUAUAAUUAUUUAAUAAAAAAUUCAUCUAAUGCUAAUAAAGUUAAUAAAGCUUUAGUACCAAUUGAAUAUGUUCAACAUCAUUCUCAAAUCAGAACUGGUCAUCAACCAUUUGUUAUUAAUCAACAAAAACAAUCAAAUAAUUCAUCUGUACCUUAUCCAACAACUAGUAAUCAAAAUACUUCUGUAUCAUCAUCCAAUACUAAUACUUUUACAAGUCCUUCAACUAAUAAUGGUAAUGGAUAUCCUCAUAGUACUACAUUUUCAAUGCCAAGUUAUGAAACUGCUAAUACUGGUCCAACUGCUAUAAAUUCAUCAGGUCCAAAGGAUACACCACUUGCAUCAUCAGUAUAUUCAACUCUUGAUCCACAAAGUCAAUUCCCUCAAGUAUCACUGGAACCAUCAUUUGGAAUUCCUUUAGAAAUAGUAGCGAAUAAAUCAGGUAAAGAUAAUGUACCAUUAUUAGUACUUAAAUGUAUAGAUAUUAUUGAAAAAUUUGGUUUAGAUCUUGAAGGUAUUUAUCGUACUAGUGCCAAUAAGAAUUCUAUUGAUAAUUUAAAAGAUUUAGUUGAUCAAAAGUAUACUAAUUAUAAUCUUAUUGGACAAAAUAUUGAUCCAACUAAUGUUCUUGAUGCAGAUAUAUUUUGUAUUGCAUCAUUAUUAAAGAAUUUUUUUGCUCAUAUUCCUGAAGGAUUACUUACUGAUGAAGCUAGUCAACAAUUUAUUGAUAUUGUUCAAAAUACUAAUAAAAAAUCUGAACAAGAAAUUAAUACAGCAAUUCAUCGACUUAUAUUUACAUUACCAGAUUCAUCAUAUUUUACUUUAAGAGCUUUAUUAUUUCAUUUAGAUAAUGUUGCAUCUCAUGAAUCUCGUAAUAAAAUGAAUAUUAAAAAUUUAUCAAUUAUUUGGGGUCCAGUAGUAUUAAAUCUGGAUUCUGAUAAUGCUGAUGAUUUAUCUUAUAAGAGUCUUGUCAUUGAAAAAUUCUUAUUAAAUGCUCAUAAUAUAUUCUAUGAUGGUGAUGGUAAUGAAUAA